AGUCACAGGACACCUAAAUCUUUCAGAGAAAGAGAAUUUAUUGCUCCAUUAUCAGGAGAAACAAAUUUCUUCCCGCCUCGCUCAGGCAGGAUGAUGCUGUUAGGAUUAUGAGGAAGAAGCUGAUGAUGACCAGACAGAAUCCUGUAUUUGAAUGGAAUUUAUGCAUCAUGUAUGAGAUGUAUGAAUAUGCUACAGGCUAUUGUUUUUAAGGGUUAAUCCUCUGUUAACAGGUGUCCUUUUUCGGGCUUAUGCUGCCCAGAAAAAGGUACCCAGAUAUCCGUAACUCUUUGUUUCUAUUGUCUCAUAUUGUCGUAAUUCAAAUUGUCCAAAUUAUUAUUACUUUAUUAUUAUUUUUAUAACCAUUUUAUUACUAUUAAACUUUUAAAAUUUUAAAAACAAGUGAUUGGCGUUUUCCACAACUCUCAACAAGAAGUAGGUCUCAUGUUGUUUACACUUGAAAAGCAACUGUCUCUCACUCCUAUGAAGUAGGUAAGCAAAUAAUCUUGUGUAGACUCACAUAAGCAGGACUCGGGAACCUGAAACUCUUAACACAAGAUUUAUCAGUGAUAGGGGAGAGCAGACCAACGGCUGGGGCCUGUAUACAUGGGUUGGUUGGGAAGAAAGUCCCCAGAACUAAAAUGCAGAUGUGUGAUGAAGAUUAGACCCCGCGGCUGCUGAGGACACCAGUGGAGCACAAUGGAGAACCCCAGGGCAUCAUGGCAGGAAAAGGUCACAGGGAACUUCAGGAAUAUUGCUUAGUGUGUUUGGGGGGCACAGAGUGGUGUGAGGAAAUGGCAGGGGAAAGCCAAACUUUCCUAAGUUCUGUCAGAAUGCAUGGACAGCCCGAGCAAGAGGGACACCAAGGGGCAAGGCAGAAUGUGAAAAAACUUUGGUUUCUGCUGUCUGCUGUAGCAUGUUUUGAUAUCAUUAAUCUUUUUUCUCUUUCUUCAAUUGCAGACUGUGUUCCUGAUGGAAUGCUUUUCCAGCCUCUGUAGUCCUAGGGUUUUUGUACAGAUUUUCUGUUCCAAGAGCCCAUUCUUUUCAAAUGUGAACCUGAAGCCAGAAGUGCAUGAGUUCUGUUUAUUACAUAACCUGUCCCUCUUGAUCUGUGUUGGUGUGCCUUUCAAACCCUACUGCAGGUGCCUGCCUGAGGGCUCUUUGCUGUGCCUGUCUCUGUAGUCAGCCCAUGAGCAGCUGGUGUGUGGAAGCCAGGCAGACCUGUUCUGCAAGUAUGUGCCUUCCUGUCAGCUGUGUGUUGGACAUCCCCGGGGAGACAGCUGAGGAGACCUAGAGCAGCAAAGAUCCGAAGCUGGGCGGGACUGGAGUAGAAAAAUCAGUGAGGAGGAACUUAAUCAUAAGAAUUACCACCCUACCAAGGUAAUCAUCAGAGUUACUGGGAGUGGCCUCACAAACUGGGAACCGGCAGCAGGAGAGCUUCAGGAAAAGACAACCGCAGGGCAAGGGAACUGGUGUCAUUCAGGAAGUGGGGGCUGGAGGCCUGCUUGCUUGUAACUGAACAUGGCAGGGAAUGUGAAAAGAUUCUCACGGAUGCUGCUGGAGUGCAAUAGCAAUGACAAGCUGUGUGUUGUGCGUGAACACCAAACGGAAGUGAUCGUUGUCCCAGUUCUCCUGGUGGGAGUUUUUGUCAUUGUCCUCACUGUCAUCCUCUGGCUCCACUGCCGUGGCCUGCGAGCAAAGCAGGAGCAAUCAGCACCAGCCGGAGCCCAAGUGACAAGAAAGAAUCAGCAGGAUCCCUGCUCAACAGAGAGCCGCUACAUCCAGCUGAGUGAGAGAUCUGUGGAGAGCCUGCUAAAUUCUGCAUCCUUGACUCUGAAAGAAUUAGAGAUACCUCGAGAGAAACUCUUACCAGACAGCUUGCAGCUGAUAAACCUUGGUGCCUAUGGGAGCAUCUACAGAGCACAGUUAGAAACUGGGAGCUCUGGGAAGACUAAGACUGUGGUGCUGAAAGCCUUGCAAGAUCCAGCUAGUCCCCAGAGAGUGAAGGAUUUCUUGGGAAGGAUUAAAUUCCAUCAAAAUCUUGGCCAUCAUGAGAACCUGGUUGAAUUGGUUGGAUGCUGUGUAGACCAGCUCCCACUUUAUAUGAUCAUGGAAGAUGUGUCUCUUGGUGACCUGCUGACAUUUCUGUGGACGUGUCGGAGGGCUUAUCUUGAAGAAAAGAACUUGUUCCAUGGUGACAUUGCUGCCAGGAAUGUCCUUCUUCAUCACAACUUCACUGCCAAGCUCUGUGGUUUGGGCCUGGCCUACGAAACUCACGCACAUGGUGCCAGCUCAGUCACACGGAAAGUGCCCGUCAAGUGGCAGGCACCAGAGAGGCUCCUGAGCAAACCCCCUACCAUCAAGGCAGACAUGUGGUCUUUUGGAAUUCUACUGUAUGAAAUGAUUACAUUAGGUGCUCCACCAUAUCCUGAGGUGCCACCAUCUGAUAUCUUAUCUUACCUGCAGAAACAGAACAUUAUGAAGCAGCCCUCGAGCUGCCAGCAUGCCAUGUACUGCAUCAUGAAGUCCUGCUGGCAGUGGAGUGCAGCUCACCGGCCUUCCCCAGCACAGCUCUUGUGCUCCCUGAAAACAGCUAUGAAGACCAGCAGUGGGCACACAGUGCUGCAGGUGCCUGAGUCAGUGGUGCCUGAACUCUAUGCUGAUGUUGCUGGUGUUGAUGUGCACAGCCUGGUGAGGGAAUACACAAUCCUCUGAAGGGUCCUUUCAUAUUUUGGUAAAGGAAAAAGAAGUCUCAUAGUUUUCCCUUUCUAAAUAUUUUGCAAGCUCAGAACAAGGUGCAUAUAUUGGAAGGGAUCCCUUUGUUCUUCAAACAUCUAUAAAAUAUCCAUGCAGACACAAGAAACUGUUAUCAUUAUUGUAAAAUCAACCUGUUGGUAUUAUUCUGCCAGUGGUCAUUUGAGAGUAAAGUGUGUUUAGGAAGCUGUAGAAAAUUUAAUGAGAAACUUGAGUUAAAGGAGUGUUAGGUUUGUGGCGAGGUUUUGGUGAUGGGGUGGGCUGCAGAGGUGACUUCUGUGAGAAGAUGCCAGAAGCUCCCCCAGCUCCAUGAUGGACCUGCUGCGGGUCAAUGCUGAGCCCUUCAGCAACACUGGUAGCACCUCUGUGAUUACAUAUUUAAGAAAGUGUAAAAGAUACUGCACAACAGCAGGUGAAGGAGAGGAGUAUAAAUGUGAGAGGAACAGCUCUGCAAACACCCAGGGCAGGGCAGAAAGAGGAGCAGGAGCUGCUCCAGAGCUGGGAUUUCUCUGAGAUUCUGUGGUGCAGCCAAGAGUGAGGUGGCUGAGCCCCUACAGACCCUGGAGGGCAGGGGGGGGUGCAGAGAUCCACCUGCAGCCCCUGAAGGAGCCCACGCCAGAGCAGGGGGAUGUCUGGAGGAGGCUGUGACUCCAAGGGAAGCCUGUGCUGGAGCAAAAUCUGUCAUGGCAGAAUCUGUGGAGAGAAGAGCCCUCAUUGGAGAAUGACUGCACCUCAUGGGAAAGGACUCAUGCUGGAGCAUUUAAUGAAAGACAACCCUUGCAAACAACUUGCAUUGGAGAAAUUCUUGAAGGACCUACUUUCCUUUGGGAAAGGGACCCCAUACUGGAACAGGGGAAGCAUGUGAGGAGUCCUCUCCCUGAGGAGGAAGGAGCAGCAGAGACAAUGUGAGAUGAACUCAUCACAACCCCAAUUCUCCCUGCUGGAUGAGAAGAGGUAGAGAAAUUGGGAGUGAAGCUGAACGUGCGAAGAAGGGAAGGGUGGAGGAAGGUGCUGCAAGACUUGGUUUUAUUUCUCAUUAUAUUUCCUAACUUGAUUAGCAAUAAACUAAUUUUUCUCAA